AUGGCUGAAACCGACGGCGAACUCGCGGCCAGGAAGAGGCGGUGGAAGUGCCUCAACCACCUGACGGCACUCCUGUCGGAAGGCACCGUCCGCCUCGAAGAUUUGGUUUCCGAACUCGAAAAUGAUCAAAACAACCCUAUCCCACCGUUGGAGCCUUUCUCUUUCUCAAGAAAGGGCAAGCGUUCUCCAAGAACCGGGUCAAAACCGACACACGACGAAAAGCCCGAGUCCAGCUCGGCCCGGAUCAAGAUAACAUUCAAGAACCUUCCUUCCGUGGCCGGGCCCCUCCCAUGCAAGAGAAAAAAGGUUUCCGAAAAUGCCCUCCAAAAACCGAAGAAGAAGCAGCCGAGGUUCGAUAUCAGGAGUCACAUCAUGACUGAUCAGUUGCCCGGGCCCGAGUUGCCCAGGUUAGCCGACCCGGGUCUGCCCGGUGAGUUUGUGGAGUACAUUAUCCGGAACAAUGGUCGGCCCGAGAGCUUUGUGUUGCUGAUAGAAAAGAAACUGUUCAAUACGGACCUAAGCCCGAGCCACGCGAGGCUGUCGGUGCCGAUUUGCCAGGUGAAGAGGCCGUUUUUGUUGAAGGAGGAAGUUGAGAAGCUGAAGGCAGAUAGGGCAAUGAAGGUGAAGCUAUUGCAGCCGAACGUGGAGAAGUGUAGGCUGACUUUGGCGUUGUGGGAAUCGAACUCGACGUAUGUGUUGAACGGCGGGUGGACAGAGGUCGUGGAUAGAAACAAGCUGGUGAUCGGGACAAGUGUUCGGCUGUGGUCUUACCGUAAGACGAAUUCCAAACUGCGUUUCGUAUUGGCAAAGGUUGAGUGA